AUGUCCCCCACGCAGAGAGUCGGCAACGCCAAAGACAACUUCUGGACCUAUACUCCAGAUACAGGACAGAUUGAUCUCUCGCGGGGCGUAUCAGAAGACACUCCCCUCCUAACCCUCCAAACAACAACAAACCCCGUCAGAUUGAACCCAGAGACAACAGCCCUCGUCAUCAUCGACAUGCAAAACUUCUUCCUCUGUCCGGCGCUACGCCGCCCGCAGGCCGAGAGCAAGCCCACUGCCGGCGAAAAAGCCGCCCAAGUGCUCGUCGACACGGGAAUUCCCGCUGCUCGCCAACACCAGAUUCGCGUGGUCUGGCUCAACUGGGGACUAACCGAGGAGGAUCUCGCCUGCAUGCCGCCAGGCCUUAUGCGCACGUUCGGGGUCUACCGUGCGGUUCAUAUCCCGGACGAGGCAAAAAUUGUCUCUGCGCCAGCGAGCAUGGCCCGGGAGAAGAACCCGUCUCUGUAUAGAGGCCUCGGGGCAGAUCUCGGUGCCCUUAAUAUUGGCAACAGCGAGGUGGUAGAGGGAGGCCGGGUGUUGAUGCGCGAUACAUGGAAUGCCGCCCUGUACCCGCCACUCGAGAAGGAAUACAGCCACAGUCUUGCGAUUGCCGCUGCUGCGUCUGGGUCCUCGUCGCGGACACCCCCGAAACCGGAUGCCAUCGUCUACAAGAACCGCAUGUCGGGGCUUUGGGGGGCUAGCACUGAGUUGGAGGAGUUGUUGAAACGGGAGGGCAUCACCACUCUUCUCUUCGCUGGAGUUAAUACUGAUCAAUGUGUCGGGGGCACUCUAAUGGAUGCGUUCAGCAAAGGGUAUGACUGUAUUCUUCUGCGAGAUGGAGUAGCUACGUGCUCACCGGCUGCAGCCAGCGAAGCCUGGGAGUAUAACUGCAUGAAUUGCUGGGGGUUUGUGACGUCCUGUGAAGUUCUUAAGAAGGCACAGUAUGCAUGA